UGGAAGAUUUGCAGUGUUCUUUGUCUUCUCGUCCUUCUAUUUUGGGUCACGUGCAAGAUCCAAAAAAAGUUCCGGGGCGUUGAAGACAGCAGUGAUGAGGAGAGCUCCAGCAGGGAGGAGAAGGAGCAGAAGGAGGAGCAGCAGGAGCAGCAGGAGCACAAGAAGCGGAGAGAGGAGGAGGUUUCUCUUUUCCUUGCAGAUGUGCUCCGGCCGAUGCGAAUCUAUGAAGGCGUCGGUGAAGAGAUGCUCUCGCUCUUGGGUCUCCUCAUCAAGAUAUGUCAAGGUGUCUUGUCAGAUACUUUCUAUCCAAUGCCAGAGAGACCCAUCGGGGUGGGCAAUAGCUAUGAAGGCUGGGGUCCCAUGAAGGAGAAACAUGCCUUCUGCCUGCUUGUGCCCCUCACAGCUCCCCGCGGGCACAUUUUCCACGUGGAAGUGGGCACUGCAAAGGAGCGGCCAUCGAGGAACUCCCGUGUCCGUGUAGAGAUGGAAUGCGUGUGCGGGAGGGAGCAGGAGAUGGACAUGCAGUGCUUCCUCCACGCCUCCGAGGAGGCGCUGAGCGAUCAGAACUCCAGCCUCCUACACAGCCUCUGCACUGGUAUCUACCUGGACAUGAACAAGGUUGCCUCCUGGUUCCGGCUAGUGCUCAAAGAAGCCUGGAACUGCAUGCCUCACUCAGCAACAUGCAGCCUGAAAGUGAUGCUGGCCAGGCGCAACUGUCUGCUUCGUCUCACGGACUUCUACAAAAGAAGAAACUUCUAUGUUUGGUUGGCGUUUGGCGUACAGCAAGGCAAUACAGACAUCUUUUUGAGCAACCACGAAAUGCAGCCUGGUUAUACCGGCAGCAUGGAUUGGCCACAGAGCUGUGCUGUGGCAGAGGUGAAGUUCUUCCAGUAUAUAGCCGCCCGUUCACAGGGGGGCGAUUUCUGCCACAGAUAUUUGCAAGUUUGUGACCGUACCCUGGUGAGCGAAACAUUUUCUGCCUACGUACUGAAGACAGUGCUCAUGCACCUCCUGACUGACAUCCCUUUGGAAGACUGGGAUAAGAGGUAUUUCCUGCUGCGGAUGGAUGACAUCAUGCGCUACCUGCGCUGCUGCCUGGAGGAGAAGCGUCUGGACCACUUCUUCAUAGGAAAUGAGAAGUUGCCUCCAGAGAUUAUCUUGCCGCAGGAUUUCCAAGAGUUCCCACCGGUCAACCUGUUCCAGCACCUGGAGCAGGAUCCAGAGAAACAUGAGCAGGCUCUGAAUGAGUUGGAGGAGCUGCAAGAUCGGUGCAGAAAUAUGCUGUUCUUCGGGCGGUCAGUGACGUUCGCUUGUCCCACAGAUGAGAACGCUGAAUAUGGAGAAGACGACUUCCAGUAGGCAGCGGGAAUUGCUCCUGAGUGUUUUCUCCACAGCAAAUCCACUCUGGGGCAGCCAGACCCCAUGCCCAUGAAGAGGAUGCUGCAUGGACACUUGUAACAGAGACUCCGCAAACCAGCUGGACAGAGACCACCCAGCCCCUCUGAGAGGGUCCGUUUGCUCUGGGAGCACUGUCUUCUACAAAACCCAGCAAUAAAUGGCUUGCUUGAGCAAAUGAGUGCCCAGGCUUCUUCUUGCAGUCAAGUAUCUCCCCUCUGAGGAAAGGCUUAAAGACCUGGAGCACCAGGUCUUAGGUGCCUCCAGAGGUGAGGCACCCACAGCACUCUGGGCAGACUGUGCCUGUUACCACCCCUCGUGGUAACAGACAGUUGCGGUGUCCCCCUGUAACUCCCCUAACGGUGAGCUCACGGUUUUGACCUCUGGGCAUCGAGGACCUAAGGAUGUGUGUUUACAAGCUGUGCUCCCCUCGGGGGCACGGCACGCUGGACUAAAGAGGGCCCCGCUCCCAGAAAGCAACCUUCACCCCCCCGUCACAUGCAUGGCCUCUGCCCCACAAACGCAGCGCUUAUCGCCGCAGCCUUG